AUGGCAGACGCGUGUAAGGUUACCCCGCGAGAUUUGACCGUAACGUUAGUAGUUGUGCCAAAGAGCGAGAACACAGGCGAAGAAGCCACACCACAUCCCAACAACGAUAACAUCAAACCUGAGCCUGCAGAAAUCUCAGUAUACCUGGAAGAAGAUAUGGAGCAGGAUCCACAGUCUGGCGAUGAUGCUGCUUCUUCGAAGCUAAGCCAGGCCCAGCCCCAGCCCCAACAUCAGGCCCAGCCUCAGCCCAAACCCCAGCCCUUCCCCACAACCUUUCUCCUGGCCCAACCCUUCCAAACAGCACAGAACCAAACUGUUAUGUUGUCUAAACAGAAUGGCUCCCUGAUGAUAUUUACACUUCCCUAUGUGCAAAGCCCUGCAGAUCAAAGUGAGGAAGUCAAAGGUGUGGAAAGCACUACGUUGCACAACUACAACGUUCCUUGUUCUUGCCAGGUGUGUGGGCAAUCAUUUGACUUCACGUGUCAUUUGAUAAGACAUGUUCAGAUGCACUUAGCGGAGCAAAACCGUUUGUGUGGUUUGUGUGGGAAGGUCCUUGGGCCUGCAGAGAAUAUGGCGGUUCACCUGCAAACUCACAGUCUAAUGAAAACUUUUUGUCAUAUUUGUGGCAAAUGUUUCCCUAAGAAUUCUGAGCUGAAAUAUCAUAUAAGUAUUUAUCACUAUGUGGAGAAGCCACAUCUGUGCGAAGUGUGUGGCAAAACCUUCAGACAUGGCAAGGCCCUUAAAGAGCAUCAUACGUCCGCUCACAUAGAGGGACGAGAUAAGCCAUAUAAAUGCCAUUUGUGCCGAAAAGGCUUCUCAGGAGAAAGACAAGUUAAACUCCACCAGUUAACUCACACUGGAGAGAAACCGUUUCAGUGUGAAGAUUGUGGCAUGUGCUUCAGGGAGAAGAACACUCUUAAAGGGCACAUGAGGACUCACACAGGAGAGAAACCAUAUAAGUGCAGAGAGUGUGGGAAAUGCUUUAGAUUGUUAGGUGCUUUAAAAUGUCACCUACUAACUCACACUGGAGAGAAACCGUAUCGCUGCAACGUCUGUGGCAGAUGCUUCAGUCAGUCCUCAUCCCGCAAGACUCACAUGAAAACUCACAAAAUGGCUCACACAGUAGAGAGUGCAGAGAGACCACAGAGUGCAGAGAGACCACAGAGUGCAGAGAGACCACAGAGACCAGAGAGUCCAGAGAGACCACAGGGUCCACAGAGUGCAGAGAGUCCAGAGAGUCCAGAGAGACCAGAGAGUCCACAGGGUCCACAGAGUGCAGAGAGACCACAGAGUGCAGAGAGACCACAGAGUGCAGAGAGUCCACAGAGUGCAGAGAGUCCACAGAGUCCAGAGAGACCACAGAGACCACAGAGUCCACAGAGUGCAGAAAAGGCUUUGUCGGAGUAGGAUCUCUAAAAUGCUGGUCCAAUGGAGAGACACCAUAGCUUAGAUCUCCCUCACAACACAUAUGAACAUUUACUAAAGGGAGAACCCACAACAUGCCUUAGAAGUUGUAAAAGUGGCCUGUUCUGACAUGUUUUAGAAGACAAAGACAUGCCUCUAAAGUCACUUCUCUUGUUUAAAUACAUUGUGAAUUAGCAGUUUGAAAACAUCGCUUAAGGACUUAGACUGACUCUCCAACAUUCCACAGUACAUGUAUGUCAUUUUCACAAACAGAAGUCGACAGCAUGUGGUCAACUUGUCUGUCCCAAAUUGUUAUGAGACUGCCGACUGGUCCCUAAAAUGUGUUAGUCUCACAGUUACAGAUUGAUUCAUUUCUUUAUGUUUUGGUUCAAAAGUAUUGUGUAUUGUAGCUGCCAGAGGAUAACACAAUAAAAUAUUUUGUACUGUUUUUCAACCACAGAAGGGACACACUUCUCAUAAUAAUGAGAAUGCAUAUUCACUGAAUAGGUUUAGCUCCUCUUCCAUGUAGUCUUACUGUUGGUUAAACCUUAAGAUGCAUGAGAACUGAAAGUUUUUUUACUAAACAUACUAAACUCAGGAAAAAAAAGAAAUGUCCUCUCACGGUCAACUGUGUUUAUUUUAAGCAAAUUUAACUUGUAAAUAUUUGAUUGAUCAUAAGAUUCUACAACUGAGACAUAAACUGAACAUGUUCCACAGACAUGUGACUAACAGGAAUGGAAUCAUGUGUACCUGAACAAAGAGAGGGGGGUCAAAAUCAAAAGUAACAGUCAGUAUCAGAUGUGGCCACCAGCUGUAUUAAGUACUGUAGUACAUCUCUUCCUCAUGUACUGCACCAUAUUUGCCAGUUCUUGCUGUGAGAUGUUACCCCACUCUUCCACUAAGGCAAGUUCCUGGACAUUUCUGGGGGGAAUGGCCCUAGCCCUCACCCUCUGAUCCAACAGGUCCCAGACAUGCUCAAUGGGAUUGAGAUAUGGGCUCUUCGCUGGCCAUGGCAGAACACUGACAUUCCUGUCUUGCAGGAAAUCACGCACAGAAUGAGCAGUAUGGCUGGUGGCAUUGUCAUGCUGACGGUUCAUGUCAGGAUGAGUCUGCAGGAAGGGUACCACAUGAGGGAGGAGGAUGUCUUCACUGUAACGCACAGGGUUGAGAUUGCCUGCAAUAACAACAAGCUCAGUCCAAUGAUGCUGUGACACACCGCCCCAGACCAUGUCACGGAUCCUCCUCCAAAUCGAUCCCUCUCCAGAGUACAGACCUCGGUGUAACGCUCAUUCCUUCGACGAUAAACGCGAAUCCGACCAUCACCCCUGGUGAGACUAGGCGAUGGCACAUGUUCAUUAAUUGUUUAUUGUUCAUUGAACAAGCAUGGGAAACAGUGUGAAGUUAUUUGGAUUUUUACGAAUUAUCCUUGAAAGACAGUGUCCUGAAAAGGGGAUGUUUCUUUUUUUUGCUGAAUUUAGAUAGUCGAAACUGUUGUCUUUGCUGUUGUUAUCUUUGUUUCACUGCAGUCCCAGAAGGUGGCGAUAAUGCGCCAACUUGAAUGUUGUCGGGUGCGCCCUGAACCGUAGAAGAAGACUUUCAAUCGUAAACAACUAGCUAACGUUUGCUGGCUGCUAGUGUGCGUUUCUUUUCGCAAAAAAAUGGCCAAAUUGGAGUUGCUAAGUUUGUUUCUCACUGAACGAUUAACGUCUGCUGCACAGGAUAUCUAUAAAAUGUUAGAAGAAACGUUUGCAGAAUACCAAGCAGAGAUCACUUACGUAAAGAGAGAGAAUGAAUUUCUACGGAAGCAGUUUAAUGCUAACAGACCGAGAAAAGUGAACGUUAAACGAGGUCUACGACAGAUCACCCGCACUGUCUCUGUAGCAGUAGCUCCCCCAAAGCUGAAGCAGGAGUCGAGCCCCACUCUGGGGAAGGAGGUUUCACAAACUGAGGAGAAGAAGCAAGAAGCAAGGACCAGUCAGGGGGAAGAGCAGCUUCAAGAGACUGGAACAACAGAAUUGAUGCCUACACCCACCACUAACUGUUGCAGCAAAGACAAUGAUCUUGGCCCAUCCAAAACAUUGCCCCAGAUCCAGCCCAAGCCCUUACCCUCCUUACCCAUACCCCUUCUCCUGGCUCAGCCCGCACAGCCCUUCCAAAUCGCACAGAACCAAGCCGUCGUCUUAUCUCAUCAGAUAUCGCCUCUGGUCAUUCAGGUUGUAAAGAAAUUGUUUAUUUGUAAAGACUGUGGGAAGACUUUCCGUUACAUGAGUCGUUUGAAACAGCACACACGCAUGGCUCACACGCAGGAAAAACCCCACUGCUGUACGUUGUGUGGAAAGUGUUUUCUUACCGCCAGCAAGUUAAAAACACACCAGCUAAUACACACCGGCGAGAGACCCUACCUCUGUAAUGUCUGUGGUCACUGUUUCAACCAGAGGUCGAACCUCAAAGUACACAUGCAGAGGAAACACAAAGAUGUCAAGGGUGUGUGACAAACAAAAAAAUAGCAUUCAGUAUACGGAUUUACAUUCAUAUUUACAUUUUAGUAAUUUAGAAGACGUUCUUAGCCAGAGCGACUUACAGUUAAUGCAUUCAUCUUAAGAUAGCUAGGUGGGAUGAUGAAAAGGUUAUGUGGGAAAAAGAAAAAAAAGACAUCUCCCCAACCCCUACAUUCAGGCGUAUGUCAGUGGAGGCUGAGGGGAGAACGGCUCACAUAAGUCUCCCCAACCCCUACAUUCAGGUGUAUGUCAGUGAAGGCUGAGGGGAGAACGGCUCACAUAAGUCUCCCCAACCCCUACAUUCAGGUGUAUGUCAGUGGAGGCUGAGGGGAGAACGGCUCACAUAAGUCUCCCCAACCCCUACAUUCAGGUGUAUGUCAGUGAAGGCUGAGGGGAGAACGGCUCACAUAAGUCUCCCCAACCCCUACAUUCAGGUGUAUGUCAGUGGAGGCUGAGGGGAGAACGGCUCAUAUAAGUCUCCCCAACCCCUACAUUCAGGUGUAUGUCAGUGGAGGCUGAGGGGAGAACGGCUCAUAUAAGUCUGGACCGGAGUGAAUGGAGUGGCAUUGAUACCAAUCCCCACAUUUCCCUUCAGCCAUUACCACAAGCCUGUCCUCACCAAAUUAAGGUGCCACCACCCUCCUGUGGUGUAUAUAAUUUCUCCUCCCUUUCUUCCCUGUAUUGUUGUCUCAAAUCAUAAACUACAUUGAAGAUGUAAAACAGCCUGUUUUCUUUUACAGGCUACAACCUCUAACUUGUAUCAUAUUUUGGCUCUAAUUGCUGGACAGGUCUUGCAUGGUUAGAUGCUUUCUUUGCUCAGCUCAAAAGCAAAUUCAGUCAACCCCUGAUAAGUGCACAUUGGGUAAUUGCACCACUUCUGUAGCCUGUGGUAUGUGCCCAAAAUUAACAUGCCCUUUUAAACCUACAUAAACCAUUUAAACAUCUUUACUGUUGUGCUGUCUUCCAUAAGAACACCCUGUACAGUACUGAAAAAUAUUGCUUAACACUCAAAUCUCACUCAUUGGUAUUCACUUCUGUAGCCUGUGGUAUGUGCCCAAAAUUAACAUGCCCUUUUAAACCUACAUAAACCAUUUAAACAUC